AUGAAGAUAGGUCUUCACCAUGACUAAUCACUCCAGAAGUUCAUGUACCUCCUGAGCUGAAGUGGAGUUCUCAACACAUUAUUGCUAGGUUAACCAGAAGUGUUGAUGCAUAAGAAAUGAGCUUCUCUAGGCAAGUCAGACUUCUACUCUGGAAGAACUGGAUCCUCCGGAAAAGACAAAAGCUUCGUUUUUUGGUGGAGCUUGUAUGGCCUCUUUCGCUAUUUCUUGCCCUUGUCUGGCUGAGGAAAGCUAAUCCACUGUAUCGCCAACAUGAAUGUCACUUCCCAAACAAGGCAAUGCCAUCAGCAGGAACACUGCCGUGGUUACAUGGCAUCUUCUGUAACAUGAACAACCCCUGUUUCCGCAGCCCAACCCAUGGAGAGGGUCCAGGUCUUGUGUCCAACUACAACAACUCCAUCCUGGCAAGGGUAUAUAAAGAUGCUCAGGAGCUCUUACUGGAAGCCCCUGAAAUCCAUGACCUUGGCAGAAUCUGGGAAGAACUGAUCGUUAUGACUCAGUUUAUGGAAACAAUGAGAACUAAUCCUGAAAGAAUUGCAGGAAGAGGAAUACGAAUUCUAGACAUUUUGAAAGAUGGGGAGACCCUCACUUCCUUCUUGCUGGAAGAUGCUGGCCUCCCAGAUAUUGUUGUUUUCCAGCUUAUUAAUGCUCAAGUACGCCCUGAACAGUUUGCCUAUGGUGUCCCUAACUUGACUCUGAAGGACAUUGCUUGCAGUCAGAUGCUCCUGGACCGCUUCAUUAUCUUCAACAGCCGAAGAGGUCUCCCUGCUGUGCACAAGGCCAUGUGUGCCUUGUCCCAGGAAAGCCUACAGAGAGUAGAAGAUGCCUUGUAUGCAAAUGUUGAUUUCUUUAAGCUAUUUCAGCUGCUUCCCACUGUGUUGGACAGAAACUCACCAGGUGCUGACCUGAAGGCCUGGGGGAGGGUGCUGUCUAAUGUCUCCCAGGCAGUGCAAAAGCUAGCCAGGAAGCCAAGCGUUCAGGACCUUUUGGUGGUUCUGCAGCCAUUUCUACAAGACAGAAGGCCAGAAUCCUUAGGCCACUUGGUGAGCUCCCUGUCUGAUCUUUUCUGUGGCUACCCAGAAGGAGGUGGAUCCAGAGUACUUUCCUUCAACUGGUAUGAAGAUAAUAACUACAAAGCUUUCCUUGGGAUUGACUCAACAAAGAAAUCCACUUAUCUUUAUGAUAAUACAACCACACCCUUUUGUAAUGAAUUGAUCCAGAACUUGGAAUCGAACCCUUUAACCAAAAUAGCCUGGAGUGCUGUGAAGCCCCUGCUGAUGGGAAAAAUUCUCUUUGCUCCUGAUUCACCUUCUGUACGUCAAAUCCUAAAAAAUGCGAACUCCACUUUUGAGGAACUUGAACGCCUCAGAUUGUUGACCAAAGCUUGGGAAGAAGUAGGACCUCAGCUGUGGUACUUCUUUCAAAACAGCCUACAAAUGAAUAUGAUCCGUGACUCCCUGAAGCACCCUACAGUGAGGGACUUCUUGAACAGCCAGUUGGGUGCUGAAGGCUUAACCGCUGAACACAUAAUCAACUUUCUCCACAAUGGGUCUCCAGGGAGCAGGGAGAAAGGAAUGGCAGACUUUGACUGGCGGAAUAUCUUCAAUGCUGCAGACCAAGCUCUACGUUUACUCAGUCAGUAUCUGGAGUGCUUGACCUUGGAUAAAUUUGAAGGUUAUCUUGAUGAAACUAAACUGACUCGUCAAGCCCUUCAUCUGCUGGAGGAAAACAAAUUCUGGGCUGGUGUGGUUUUUCCAGAUAUAGAGCCUACAGCCAGCACUCUUCCACCACUUGUAAAAUACAAGAUCCGGAUGGACAUAGAUGCAGUGGAGAAAACAAACAAAAUCAAAGACAGGUACUGGGAUCCCGGUCCAAGAGCAGAUCCUGUGGAUGAUUUACGUUAUAUCUGGGGAGGCUUUGCAUAUCUCCAAGACAUGAUUGAGCAUGGAAUUAUAAAGACCCAGACCGACACUGAAGUGCCAUUAGGAAUUUAUCUUCAGCAAAUGCCAUAUCCAUGUUUUGUGGAUGAUGUCUUCAUGAUCACUUUAAACCGCGCCUUUCCCAUCUUCAUGGUGCUAGCUUGGAUAUACUCAGUUUCCAUGACUGUGAAGAGUAUAGUGCUGGAGAAGGAAAUGCGUCUGAAAGAGGCUAUGAAGAACAGGGGUAUAACUAAUGGGGUGAUUUGGUGCACUUGGUUCCUAGACAGCUUCACCAUGAUGUCUGUGAGCACGUUCUUCCUCACAGCACUAAUUAUGUGUGGACAAGUACUACAUUACAGUAGUCCAGUUCUCUUCUUUCUAUUCCUACUGACAUUCACCACAGCCACCAUAAUGCAGUGUUUCCUGUUCAGCACCUUCUUCUCCAAAGCAAAUCUGGCAGCUGCCUGCAGUGGAGUCAUCUACUUCACCUUGUACCUGCCCCACAUUGUCUGCUUUGUCUGGCAAGACCGCAUGACUGUUAAUCUGAAGAUCCUAGCAAGUUUGCUUUCCCAAGUAGCUUUUGGGUUCGGUACAGAAUACUUGUCACGCUAUGAAGAGCAAGGUCUUGGACUACAGUGGGGUAACAUCAGAACCAGUCCUUUGGAAGGAGAUGAAUAUAGUUUUCUUUUUUCCAUUAAAAUGAUGCUUUUUGACGCUUUUCUCUAUGGAAUACUUUCUUGGUAUCUUGACAAUGUUUUUCCAGGGGAAUAUGGACUACCACAGCCUUGGUAUUUUCCUGUGCAGGAAUCUUACUGGCUUGGCUCUAGAAACCCAAAAGCUGAGAAAACAGCAACUGAUGAUGAAAAAAGUCCAGAGUCAGAAGGCUGUGUGGAUCAGAAGGCCAUGGAAGGGGAAAAAAAUGAAAGUGGAACAAAGACGUCUGAAGAACCUGAAAAGCCAGAAGAAAAGAGUGACAACCAGGGGGAGAGGGAUGGUAAAAACAAACGAUGUAAACACAAACGAGAAAGAGAACACGGCGAGGAGGGGAAGUCUAAGACAGAUGUCCAGGACAAAGAUGAAAUUAAUGUAAAUACGUUCUUUGAGCCUGAGCCAACAGGACUGAUUCCAGGAGUGUGCAUUCAGAACCUGGUGAAGAUUUUUGCAAACAGGCCCAAGCCAGCAGUAGAUGGGAUGAACAUUACUUUUUAUGAGGGCCAGAUCACAGCCUUCCUUGGCCACAAUGGAGCAGGAAAGACAACCACCAUGUCGAUACUGACAGGCCUCUUCCCACCCACUUCUGGAACUGUGCUGAUUGGCGGCCUGGAUAUUCAGACUCACAUGGACUCCAUUCGGCACAGAUUAGGCAUGUGCCCUCAGUACAACAUCUUAUUCAAUCACCUUACUGUAGCAGAGCACAUCUUGUUUUAUUCUCAACUGAAAGGGAGAUCCAGGGACGAAGCUGAGCAAGAGUUGGAAACAAUGCUAGAAGACAUGGGCCUUGCCCAUAAAAGGAAUGAAGAGGCUCAGAAUUUGUCAGGUGGAAUGCAAAGGAAACUGUCUGUUGCCAUUGCUUUUGUGGGUGAAGCAAAAGUGGUAGUCUUGGAUGAGCCCACUUCUGGAGUUGAUCCAUAUUCCAGGCGAUCUAUCUGGGAUCUUCUGCUGAAGUACCGCUCAGGCAGAACCAUCAUCCUCUCAACCCAUCACAUGGAUGAGGCAGACAUCCUUGGAGACAGAGUAGCCAUCAUAUCUCAAGGGAAACUCUUCUGCUCUGGCUCUCCUGUUUUCCUGAAGAAUUGCUUUGGGUCUGGCUUCUAUCUCACUCUUGUUCGCAAGAUGAAAACCACCAGAAUUGGAAGGGCUACAUCGCUUUGUAGCUGUGGAUCUCAGUGCUCCUGCUCCUGUUCCAGCUGUGCACACAGGGACAAAGAAGGAGCUCCAGAGCAGGAACUGGAUGGAGAUCUGAAUGAGCUAGCAGAAGUAAUUCAUCAUCAUAUCCCAGAAGCAAAAUUAAUUGAAAGCAUUGGUCAGGAACUCAUUUACCUUUUGCCUAACAAACACUUUAAACAGCGAUCUUAUGCCAGUCUCUUCAGAGAACUGGAGGAAACGUUGGAUGACCUGGGACUCAGCAGUUUUGGAGUUUCAGACACACCACUUGAAGAGGUUUUCCUAAAGGCCACAGCAGAAGCUGACCCUGGAAUGCAACAAGCAGGAGACACUCAAGAAAAUUGUUCUACUCUUGGCAAAACUUCUACUGAGAACAAACCAGCUGAACAAACCGUACUGAAAACUAAUGACACUUCUCGAAUGCCAGUAGGCAUAGCAGGAGAUCAAAAUGAAGGCAAAGGGUCCCGACAGUACAAAGGUUUUCAGCUUGUACAUCAGCAGAUCAAAGCACUGCUCAUCAAACGGUUUCACCAUGCCUCUCGCAGCCACAAGGACUUUCUAGCCCAGAUUGUUCUCCCUGCUAGUUUUGUGUUGCUGUCUUUAGUACUUACAGUCAUUAUUCCUCCAUUUGGAGAAUAUCCCACCUUAACCUUACACCCUUGGAUCUAUGGACAACAGUUUACUUUCUUCAGCAAUGAGCGUCCUGGCAGUGAGCAGAUGGUCUCCCUGACUGAUGCUUUCUUGAAUAAACCAGGAUUUGGAAAUCGCUGUAUGAAGAAUCAGCCUCUUCUGAACUACCCGUGCUAUAACAUGCCAACUGCCUGGAUCACACCUGCUGUUCAUCCUAACCUAAGCAGCCUCCUCCUGAGCCACAAGUGGAGCCCUGACAAUCCUUCACCUUCCUGCAAGUGCAGUACUCAAAAGAAACUCACUAUGCUGCCAGAAUGCCCUGCAGGCGCAGGAGGCCUCCCACCACCCCAGAGAGUGCAGCACAGCACAGAAAUUCUUCAAGAUCUGACCCACAGAAAUAUUUCAGAUUUUCUGGUGAAAACAUAUCCCACUCUGAUAAAAGGGAGCUUGAAGAGCAAAUACUGGGUCAAUGAGCAAAGAUAUGGAGGAAUUUCUAUAGGAGGAAGGCUCCCUGUCCUUCAUGUUUCUGGAGAUCAAGUUGUCAAUUUUUUAAGUGAUCUUGGCCGAAUGAUGAAUGUGACAGGAGGACAAACUUCACUGGCUGCUGCUAAAGAAAUUUCUAAUUUUCUUAAAUACAUGGAAACUGAAGAUAAUAUUAAGGUGUGGUUUAACAAUAAAGGCUGGCAUGCUAUGGUUAUUUUCCUUAAUGUAGCCAAUAACGCAAUCCUUAGAGCUAGCCUGCGGACUGGCCAAGCCCCUGAGGAAUACGGGAUCACUGCUGUAAACCACCCUCUGAACCUCACUAAGGAGCAGCUCUCUGAAGUCACUGUGUUGACCACUUCAGUGGAUGCUGUUGUUGCCAUCUGUGUGAUUUUUGCCAUGUCCUUUAUACCAGCUAGUUUUGUUUUAUACCUUAUUCAAGAACGUGUAACAAAAGCGAAGCAUCUACAGUUUGUCAGUGGUGUGAGCCCUGUGGUCUACUGGCUGACUAACUUCAUGUGGGACAUAGUGAAUUAUGCACUGAGUGCUGGAAUGGUUGUGGUUAUAUUCGUUGGAUUCAACAAGAAAGCAUACACUUCUCCGACCAACCUCCCUGUGCUUGUUGCCUUGCUGCUUCUGUAUGGAUGGGCAAUAAUUCCCAUGAUGUACCCUGCUUCUUCUUUCUUCAGUGUCCCUAGCACUGCUUAUGUUGCAUUGUCUUGUAUUAAUCUCUUUGUGGGGAUCAACAGCAGCGCCAUUACAUUCAUCCUGGAGUUAUUUGAAAAUAACCCGUCUUUGCUGAAGUUUAAUAAAAUACUGAAAAAUGUGCUGAUUGUCUUCCCACAUUUUUGCCUGGGCCGUGGACUCAUUGACUUGGCCAUGAACCAGGCUGUGACUGAAGUAUAUGCCAGGUUUGGUGAGGAGCAUGUUUCCAAUCCUUUUCAGUGGGACUUUGUUGGAAAGAACCUGGUUGCCAUGGCCGUUCAAGGGGUUGCAUUCUUCAUUCUGAAUCUCCUUAUGCAACACCAUUUGUUCUCCACAAGAUGGUUUGCUGAGACCGCCUUGUCACCUAUUAUUGAUGAAGAUGAGGACGUUGCAGAAGAAAGAAAAAGAAUUAUGAAUGGAGGGAACAAAACACAUAUCUUAGAAUUACAAGAACUGACCAAGAUUUAUGCAGGUAGGCACAAGCCUGCAGUGGACAGACUCUGUGUUGGCAUCCGUCCUGGAGAGUGCUUUGGUCUUUUGGGAGUGAAUGGUGCUGGCAAAACAACAACAUUCAAAAUGCUGACUGGAGAUACUGAUGUGACAUCUGGAGAUGCUGUAGUGGCUGGCAGUAGUAUAUUGACCCACAUUUCUAAUGUACAUCAAAACAUGGGAUACUGCCCUCAGUUUGAUGCCAUUGAUGACCUGCUCACGGGACGAGAACAUCUUUACUUAUAUGCACGCCUGCGGGGGGUUCCAGCAGAAGAAAUCAAGAGGGUUGCUGAAUGGGGCAUCCAGAAGCUGGGACUUCCGAUGUAUGCAGACCACCUGGCUGGUACCUACAGUGGUGGCAACAAGCGCAAGCUCUCCACUGCCAUUGCACUGAUAGGCUGCCCACCACUCAUCUUGCUAGAUGAACCAACUACUGGAAUGGACCCUCAGUCCCGGCGCCUCCUGUGGGACUCUAUUGUCAGCGUGCUCAGAGAUGGGCGAGCUGUGGUUUUAACCUCACACAGUAUGGAAGAAUGUGAAGCCCUCUGUACUCGUUUAGCCAUCAUGGUAAAAGGUACCUUCAAAUGCCUGGGCACAAUUCAGCAGCUAAAAUACAAGUUUGGAGAUGGCUACAUUGUCACUCUGAAAAUCAAAGCUCCAAAGUCUGGGCUGCCUCCAGAUCCUACUCCUGCUGAGCAAUUCAUACACAUGAACUUCCCAGGGAGUUUACAGAGAGAGAAACACUACAACAUGCUGCAGUAUCAGAUUUGCUCCUCCUCUCUGGCUAAGAUUUUUCGGUUAAUAAUCUCCAAUAAGGAAAACUUGCAUAUUGAAGAAUAUUCUGUGUCUCAAACAACUUUAGAUCAGGUUUUUGUGAACUUUGCUAAACAACAGAUGGAGGAUGAGGAAAUUCCUUUGCAUCCCCGUGCAGCUGGAGCCAGCCGAGAAGCAAAGGUGUCCCCCUCUCUGCACCAGCAGGCAGUUGCAUAGACUAUUACUAGAGUCACUAGGGCUUAGAGUGUGCACAGUGCAAAGAUGUGCCAUAUCAGAGCAGUACAAGGGUAAAACAAAGGUUCCCACACUCAGUAUUAUACUGAUUUUUUUUUUCCACACCUUUCUGAGCACUGUGCUCACAACAGCAACAGUCAACUUCUACUGCUCUGCUAGAAACACUACAUGCUGAAAGUGUCAAAGGAAAGGCAGGUCCUUGCUAUACAACCAAAUCUUCCUCUAACAUAAAGGUCAUUAUAAGAUACAAGAAGAGAAGUCUCAUUCCUCGUUAUUGAUGUGUGAAGAGCAUCAUUAAAGAAAAUUUCUCUGCGUGGACCUUUCAGGCUGUUAGGUUCUUCUUGUUUAACUCUUAAGUCAACUGCUACCAGUCAGCAGACAGUUCUCAGGGCAGAGAGCAUUGCCCAGCUUAGAAGUGGAUUCCUGCCAUCCUGAGUGCACAAGACUACCAAGGUCAGAACAUCAGUGCUGGCUGAGGGAGCUAGUGCUGGGAGGCUGCUUCACUGACUCACCAGGCUGCCAGUGAAAACACAGUUGUCUCAGCAAGAAUGAGAAGAAUUAAUUCAGAUCCUCAAACCCAGGCAAGAAAUUUGCUUUAAAAAAGAAUCUUAAUGAAAAUGAUCUCAUACUCGUCUCCAAGUUUCUUAAAUAGAAGCAGAAUGUCAAAAUGGAGAUUAAAAGGAAAGAGAGGAUGUCCAAAUCUGCCAAAAGUUUUUUCUUCUCAUAGAGGCCUGGAAAGAUAUCUUUGUUACUAAACAAGAUCAAAUUUUUCUUCUUUCCUGUGACUGGACCUUAAGUGGGUGUAAAGUGUGAAUAGGGUAUGUGCUUUCUCUGUGCUCGGAAGCAAAAUUUCAACCUGCUUGUUGAAACUGAACUGAACUCAGUGGGAAAUUGACUUUUAGCUCUUUUCUGUGGAUCACAGUUAAACUAGUGGAAAGCAAUGAUACUGAAAACAAAUUCAUAAUGAUCUAUUGCUUCAGUUAUCUAUGAGGUCUAACCAUCUUUAAGAAAUUUUCUUUAGGUUACACAGAAAUAAUAUCUGGGUCAUGUAUUUUUGCUGUGUUAGGUUUUUUCUUCAACUGAUGUAGAUCUUUUUUUUUAAUAUAUAUAAGGACAUUCUUGCUUUUUUCUGUACAAAAUAUUAUGAAACUUCAGCAACCAGCUGUCGUAUUCUUCUUUUGCCAUAAUUAUUUCAACUGAUUUCAAAAUGUAGUCUAGAAUUUAUUGCAUGUUUCACCCUUACAAAUAGUUGCAAAAAUCUUUCUAUACACCCAUUAUAGAUAAAUAAAUUAAUCAUGAA